AUGGCAUCUCAGAGCAGCAUGGACGCAACUUCAUUCGCGCCGUUUACCACCGCUGAGCGCAUACAACAGCUCGGAGAGAUCGACGAGAGUAUCGUCAGUCUCUUGCGAACCGCUGGUGCCGCUAUCCAGAGCCUCAACAAGAAGGACCCCAACGAGGGAGACGGCGUCAUGGAUCUCGGUAAUGGUGGCACCGACUCUGACGACGAAGAUGACGAGAGCGGCAAGGACAGGGCCUUCAAACACCAAAUGAACGACUUCAUGAGAACCUUGCGCUCCGUCAACGUCCGGAUGAAGCGACAGAUCUGGGGCUUGGAAGAAGCCGGCAUCAUCAAGUCGAGCGAUGCUCCCCAAGGCGAUGCAGCAAGCGACGAGAAUGGCAAGACACUAGAGCCGGACGGCAAUGGCAAGAUUGGUGGCAUGGACGUUGGCUGGCUGAACAGCAGAAGCAACAAGGUUGAGAGAGACAUGGAGUCAGAGCUUUGGGAUCAGGCAGAGGCCUUUUUGAAGGACAUGAUCAAGCAAGGUGACGACACCAAGAUGACCCAGUAA